AUGACGGCUAAAUCAGGACACGAUUAUCGAUAUUGGUACCUGAAUGGUAUCCCUUACGAUUUUAAAGAUUUUCUUAAAAAUCAUCCCGGUGGAAUAAAAGCUAUUAUGCUAGGACGAGGAAGAGAUUGUACGGCAAUGUUUGAAUCUUAUCAUACGUUCAGACCUGCUGAUGCUCUAUUAGAAAAAUAUAAAGUCAAAAACGGAAAGGUAGUUGAAGGAUCAUUUUUCACCUUUGAGCCCGACGGCUUCUAUAUGACAGUGAAAGAAAGAGCUAGGCAAUACUUUAAGAAGAACAAAAUCAAUCAUACCAAGGCUGACUAUUUAGUCGGUGCUUUUACCCUAUUAGAAGUAAUAGCAACAUACGCCUUUAUGUUGUUAACGUUUAUGACAGGAAAUUGGAUAUAUGCUGCAUUAUGGGGAUUUGGUAGAGCUAUGUGUAUCAUUGGUCCAACACAUGCUGGCUCUCACUAUGCAUUUUCGAGAAGCCCUUUUAUCAACAAAGCCAUUUACAUUGUAUCGAUGGCCAUCUCAGGUAGUACACCGGCUCAAUGGACAUCGAAGCAUGUUAUCGCUCAUCACGUUGACACCAAUAUAGUUCCUGUCGACGAUGAUACUAUGUAUCCAUUAAAACGUGUACUACCAGCCCAUAAAAGGCUCGCAUUCCACCAUCUACAGCAUAUCUAUAUAUGGUUUUUAUAUCCGUUUACCUUAUCUUUCUGGAGCAUCUCCAAUGCAAUAAAAUUAUUUGCUGAUCCACCUAUAGAAGGGGUUACACAAGUUAUUUACUUAAAUAAGCUGGAUAUAUUGGAAACAUGGAUAGUUCUGGCUUUUCACUUGGCGCAACGUUUUGUAUUAUUUUUCGUAUUUUUUCCAUUUUCGGAAGCUAUAAAGUUGUAUUUAGUAUCUGAGAUGAUAGCUAGCACGUGGUUCUCAUUACAGUUCGCUGUCAAUCAUGAGGUAGAUGGCGUUGUUGACCACACUCCGAACAAGAAGGUAGACUGGGGUAAACAUCAAGUCAUAACAUCACACAACUACGGGUCAGAUAGUUAUUUGGCACUGUACUUAUCUGGUGGAUUAAACACUCAAAUCGAACACCAUCUAUUCCCUAGUGUUCAUUAUCAUCAUUAUAAAGAACUAUCAAAAAUUGUUAGACGGACAUGCAAGGAAUUUAACAUUAAAUAUAUUGCAUCAUCUAAUUUUUAUGAGGCCUUGAAAGCUCACUAUCGCCAUUUAAGAAGAAUGGGACAACCGAUUGAAGCGGCUUAG